UAUUGAUGGCAUACAUCAACUACGUUUCGUGUAUAUAUAUAUAUUAUAUCUCCGAUAUGGACAAAUUAAUUGUUGAUCAGAACCACGAUCGUUUUUUUUUUGAACUAGAAGAAGUGAAAUGAACGUAGAAAAGCAGUUUACGUGACGUCUAUAAAUAUUGGCCACCCGUGUGUUAGGUGUCUUCACAAAGCGCUUCCCUUGUAAAUAAUUUGGAGAUCGCCGGCGACGAGUGAUACUGUCGGCGGCCAAAAUGAGGAGGUUCACGGCCGCCAUGGCUCUAACGCGUAACAAAAUCCGCCGCAGCCGUGGAUUCUCCUUGAUGACUGACCAACAGGAAACGGAGACCUUUCCUAAAAUGCCGGCGUUCGAUUACAAUCCACCGGCGUACGACGGCCCUUCAGCCGCUGACAUACUCUCGAAGCGGCGUCAAUUCCUCAGCCCCGCCUUGUUCCACUUCUACGAUUCUCCUAUAAACGUGGUGGAAGGGAAGAUGCAGUACGUGUUCGACGAAUCAGGGCGGAGGUAUCUGGACGCGUUCGGGGGAAUAGCGACGGUGUCAUGCGGACAUUGCCACCCGGAGGUGGUGGAUGCAAUCACCAAACAGCUCAACCGAAUCCAACACUCCACCGUCCUCUACCUCAACCACUCCAUUUCCGAUUUCGCAGAGGCCCUCGCCUCCAAGCUCCCCGGACACCUCAAGGUGGUGUAUUUUACGAAUUCUGGGACGGAAGCGAACGAGUUGGCGAUGAUGAUGGCGAGGCUGUACACUGGCUCCCACGACAUCGUUUCGCUCAGGAACUCAUACCACGGCAACGCGGCUGCUACCAUGGGCGCCACCUCUCAGUCCAACUGGAAGUUCAACGUCGUCCAGAGUGGAGUUCAUCACGCCGUGAAUCCGGACCCCUACAGAGGAGUGUUCGGUUCAGAAGCGGAAAAGUACGCCAAAGACGUCCACGAUCUCAUCCAGUUCGGGACUUCAGGCCACGUCGCCGCUUUCAUCGCCGAGUCCAUCCAGGGAGUGGGGGGGAUAGUGGAGUUGGCAGGCGGCUACUUAGCAGAGGUGUACGACAUUGUAAGAAAAGCGGGGGGACUAUGCAUAGCUGACGAAGUCCAGGCAGGCUUCGCUCGCACCGGCUCCCAUUUCUGGGGCUUCCAGUCCCACGGCGUUGUCCCUGACAUCGUCACCAUGGCCAAGGGGAUAGGGAACGGAAUCCCACUGGGAGCAGUGGUGACAACGCCGGAGAUAGCUCAAGUUUUGAGUCGGCGCUGUUACUUCAACACCUUCGGUGGGAACCCUCUGUGCACCGCAGCUGGCCAUGCCGUCCUCCGUGUCAUCGACAAGCACAAGCUCCAGCACAAUGCCUUCCUCGUCGGCUCCCAUCUCAAACAACGUCUUACCCUUCUCCAACAUAAACACGAUUUGAUAGGGGACGUGAGGGGAAGGGGCCUCAUGCUGGGGGUGGAAUUCGUGACGGACCGCCAUUCAAAGACGCCUGCCAAAGCCCAAGCCCUUCACUUGAUGGGUCGGAUGAAAGAGAUGGGAGUGCUGGUGGGUAAAGGCGGAUUCUACGGGAACGUGUUCAGAAUCACCCCUCCUCUCUGCUUCACCAUGGCUGAUGCCGAUUUCGUGGUGGACGUGAUGGAUUACGCCUUGUCCAAGAUGUGAACUUACACGACCAACAACCCUUCCUUCCGGAAUUCGGAGUUUGUAUAAUAUUUGCCAAAUUCAAUUAUAAAAUUAACUCUACGUGCAAUGUGAACUUGGUUUGCAUGGUUUAAUAUCCUGUGAUGGCAAAUGUGACUAGAAAAUCCAAAUUUAAAUAUAUAAAUAUCCGAUUAA